UUUAAUAUAUUAAUUAAAAUUAAGAAAACAAACAAACUUCCCUCUCUCACUCACUCACUCGGCAACGACGACGGUCUUGGAGUUCCCGUAGCUCAUCAACGACAGUCACAUGUGGCAGAUGACAGGGUUCCCGUCGCGCCGAGGCAGAGCAGCUACAAUCAACACCGCGCCACCACUGCACACCUCGGAGCGCCACCACAAAUCCCUCAUAACUUCGAAAAAACCUGGUUUGGCUAACCUCCUCACAUUGAUGAGGUGUUCAAAGAGACACAUAUUAGAAAAAAGGACAACACCUAAGUGGAUAAGAGAUCAGAACAAACCUAUGGAGACUUUCAAAAGAAAUUGCAGGAAGGCUCCAGUGAUGGGACACAUGCCAUUAACCCUGCAUCAAGAGUUAAAUUGUGGGCUGAUGAUGUUGGAGGCAAGUCUCAAGGACGUCUUUAUGGAGCUGGAGACAUGUCCUCCCAUUAUAGGUCUGGUGUGGAAUAACUAACACAACUGAAGCGAGCAUCUUGUAGUCAUCUCAAACCAUUGCUCCAGAGUGGGUGGCUAAACAAAUCUCACAAGCAAAUGAAAGACUUGAACAGAAAAUGAAAGAGUAACAAGAACAACAUCAAAAGACACAAGAAGAGAUGCUCAACACCAUUAGAGAACUUAAAGCAUUUGUGAGUGACCUUAGUCAAUGUCUUCAAUCUUGUCGUCGUUGCCAUACAGACUAUGAAGAAUAUUCUGAUCAUGAUGACCAAUAUCAUCGCACCCAGUCAUUAGAGACAUAUCCUCCCAUUAUAGCCCAUUGUAUUAUAGACAACUUCAUGGUCGUUGAUAAAAUUUACGGAUGGAACUUUUACAGACAGACUCGUAGCCCAUUGUAAGCCAUUUGUUUACAGUGGGAUUUCACUAUUACAGUGGGCUUUAAACAUUCUUGUAGUGGUUGUCGAUGGAGUUGUGUGCAAUGGUGGAGGUGCAAUUGGUGUUUGCAGAGAAGAGAAGGAACAUCGUGUUGUGGAGGACUAUGGUUAAUAAUUUUACAACCAGUGUAAAAAAAUAUUCUUUUACAUCGAUAGUAAAAAUAACCGAUGUAAGAGAUCAUUGCCCCACCUCCUACAUCCUAUCAUAUGUGGCGAAAACAACCCAAGAUAAACGAAUAGUUUGUUUGAUCACCCAUUUUGGUAUUUUGUUUGGAAAAAAAACUCCUUAUACCCAGUUUAUAUAA